AUGCGUGAAGAAAAGAUUGAAUCAACAGGUGGUCUAACAAAUCGAACCAAAUCAUCAAGCCCAAAUGCAGCUACUACCACCACCACCACCACAACAACAACAAAGUCAAGUAUAGCCGAUAAUGAACCUGUGUCACCCCAGAUAUCCGAUCACAGUAACGAUGCUGGGAACCAAUCAAACGAUCAUUAUAAAGCAAGAUUAUCUCCAUUUAGAUACAAAAUGAGAUCUUUAUUAUUACCCCUUAUCCGUGAAGAAACCGCUAUACUUGCAAAGAUGCAAAAUGCUAUACGAUGUCCUCUCCUUGAUUUCUAUUUUGCAUGGACUGCCAAUUUAGCAAGUCACACUUUUUAUGUAUUGAUGUUACCACAACCAUCUUGGUUUGGUGGAUCUCAUAUGACUAGAGAUUUGGUCUAUGUGUUGGGGUUGGGUAUUUAUUUCACAGGGUUCUUGAAGGACUAUUUCUGUUUACCAAGACCAAGAUCUCCGCCAUUGCAUAGAAUUACCAUGUCUUCUUACACAACCGAGGAAUAUGGGUUCCCAUCAUCCCAUUCCGCCAAUGCCACUGGUGUAUCUUUACUAUUGUUAUUACGUAUCAUUAAUAGUAAAGGGUUGUCCACUACUACAUAUUACUCAUUAAUUCUUGGAUUGGGUGUUUAUUAUACAUCUUUGAUCUUUGGUAGAUUAUAUUGUGGGAUGCAUGGGUUCUUGGAUGUCAUUGUUGGAGGAGCCGUUGGACUGUUGGUUGCAUUAUUUAGACAUUACUUUGGAGUUCAAUGGGAUGAAUUGAUCUUUGGUAGUAGUUUAGGUAUGAUUUUCAGUGCUGUCUUGAUUAUUACCAUGUUUGUUUUGUUAAUUCAUAUUCAUUCUGAACCAGUUGAUGAUUGUCCAUGUUUUGAUGAUUCCGUUGCGUUUAUUGGAGUGUUGAUUGGAUUAGACUUGGCUCAUUUAGUGUCAUUUAGAACAGGAUAUUUUGCCCGUACAAAUCCAGAAAGAGAUCCUUAUUUGGUGCCAUAUGAUCCUAACGCAGGUGUGAUGAAUCACAUACUUCGACUUGUAUUAGGUGUGUUUUUGGUGGUGACUUGGAAAGCAAUCUCCAAACCAGUUGUGUUUACCAUCUUACCUCCAAUUUACAAGUUUGUUGGUGUCUACUUACCAAGAAGAAACUAUAUUUCCACUGCUCAUACCAAGACUCCUAUCAAAAAAAUUAGAUCGACCUCUAUUUCCAAUGAUAAUGGAAUUGGAGAUUUGAAUAGUUUUUUCAAAGGAGUCACAGAUCAUACCAAUAAAGAUGAAGUUGGUCCAGAUAAUGAUAUUGAUUAUUAUGAAAUGAUGUCAUAUAAUCAAAAGAACAAUAGAAACAACAAAACCGAGGUGAAUAACGCUAAUGUUUCAUCUCCUCCUCCUCCUCCUCCUCCUCCCCCACCAACACAUAAAAGUGGGGUCUUUAAGUACCGUUAUGAUGUUGAAAUUGUUGGCAGAUUAAUUGUGUAUGCUGGUAUUGCAAUUACUUCAGUAUGGACUUUUGCAUUUGCAAGUGAUUAUCUUAAUCUAUAG